AUGAACAUUUUCUUUUACUUGAGUAAACAUUAUUCUUCGUGUUUUGCCAGUCAGUGUUUGCCUUUUGGAUCAAUGGACCUACUUUGUACAGAUUUGUGCUUGCUUUAAUUGGGGGGGGGGGAGGUGAUUUUGCCCCACAACUUUAGUUAACGUACGUUUCAAAAUGCUCUGGGAUCCAUUUCCAAUGAGGCGUUACAUAAAUGUCAAAUUAUGCAAAUCAAAACCACCCAUGUUUCCAGUGUUUAUUUGGCUGAUUAUCUGCUUUACCUUAUGAACAGCGUGUGGCAUUUCAGGAUCCAUCUAGACUAAAAUAAGAAAGCCUUAUUUGCCAAUUAUGGUUUUCCAUAUUCCAAACACGCGUUUCUUCUUUCUGUAAAUUAUAGAUGUGACCUUUACAUUCCUUUCAUUAAAAAAAAACCCUCAAGAAUUUGCAUCUUUUUUCUUUCUAUAAAUAUUAAAAUAUAUUAAAAUAAUUAUCCAGGCCAGUUGCUUCAGAGAAGACAAAGCGUUUGGGAAAGGAGACGAGUUGCACAACAGUAAUGUAAGCAGAACAAGCAGCGUCACGUGUAGCAUUUCUAAAGUGCUCACUGUAUAAUUUUAUAGCUCCAGUGUUUUUAAAGAGUGCUGAUGAUGCACUGGGCAAGGAGUAGAUCAUUCUUAUUGCGAAACAGUUAUUAGUUACUUGUCCUUUGAAAGCUAUACUUUAAAAGAGCGGGGGGGGGGGGGGGGGAGUAUGCAGUCAUCCCUCAUGCAGUGUUAACAGUAACAGAACAUUUUUAAAGCCUAACAAAGACUGGCUGUUAGAGAGAGAGAGAGAGAGAGAGAGAGAUAUUUAUCAAAGCGUUUGUCAGGCAAAAUAAAUGUUUGGCAUAUUUACUAAGGAUGGACUGGAAAAAUGUCUUGGCCGGGUGUCAUGUGCCCUUUCCUUCCUUCAAAAUCUGCCCUGAUUAGUUUGUUUUAAUCUAGUGUUCUUUGCAUUUCGCAGGGUGGGUCUGUUGCUCAGGAAACUGUUCAGUCCCCUCCAGCGAUAUUUUAAGUGGAACUGACUACUUUUUAAAAUAAAAAAGGAAGCGAUUGUGCAGAAUUAACGCAGUAAUCUAAUACUAAAUGUCUAUGAUCUUUUUAGGUCUGUGUAAACAGCAAAACAGAAAAAGGAAACAAGCGCCAAAUCUUAAAGGCAGACCACGCAAGAAGAAGCCAUGCCCACAGAGAAGAGAUUCACUCAAUGGCAUUAGAGAUUCCAACAAUAACUGUGACAGCAGAGCUGUUGCCAAGGUAAAAUGUGAAGCUAAAUUGCCUUUCUCCAAAACCAAAAAUAACAACAGCAACUGCAAAAAGGGCUCAAGUGAGCAUAAAUCAAAGGUGUCUGUAGGCGAAGACUGCAGAAAGGAUGAACAGACAUUCCUUGUGGCACUUUAUAAAUACAUGAAAGAAAGAAAAACACCAAUUGAACGAAUACCCUAUCUAGGUUUUAAGCAGAUUAACCUUUGGACUAUGUUUCAAGCUGCUCAAAAACUGGGAGGAUAUGAAACAAUAACAGCUCGUCGACAAUGGAAACAUAUUUAUGAUGAAUUAGGUGGUAACCCUGGAAGCACAAGUGCAGCCACAUGUACCCGUAGACAUUAUGAAAGAUUAAUCCUUCCAUAUGAAAGAUUUAUUAAAGGAGAGGAAGAUAAGCCACUACCGCCUGUGAAACCUCGAAAACAAGAUAAUGUUCCCCUGGAGAGCGAAAGUAAGACAAAAUUGUCUGGAACAAAACGGAUCAAAAAUGAAAGCCAAAAGAGCAAAAAAGAAAGAGAUAAUGUACCGAAGUCCCAGGAUGCACCUGAGGUGUUGUCUGAGCAAGAAAAGGAUCAAGAUUGUCCAGACCAGAAAAGCUUACCUGAACUAGGUGUAGUAGAUGAUGUGAAGCCAUCUCUAGAAGGGCACCAGGCUCCAGUGCCAGACGCAGCUGGAGGGACUCCUCUGGAAAAGACUGACCCAAAGGAAACUGACUCAUACAUUGAGGAAGUCAAGGAAGAGGUUCCACCUGAGGACUCCUUUUCAAGCACUUUGGUGUCCUCCGAUGAGGAUGCUGUUUUGGAUUCAACCGUCAGCAAACCAUCCAGUCCGCCAGAGGAUCCGGAUGAACCAAAGCAGGAACCCAGAGUGCAGAGAUUUGCCAACUACCUAGAAAACGAUGCCCAUGAAAUUCCAUUUAAUAGUUUCUCCACUGUCGAGUUGCCAGGUCAGAAUGAAAUCGCGGACAAUCAACUCCCGGAGAUGCCGGACUACAUUGCGAACUGCACAGUCAAGGUGGACCAGUUGGGAAACGAGGACAUACACAACGCACUGAAGCAGAGCCCCAAAGUCCUUGUGGUGCAGAACUUUGACAUGUUCAAAGAAAAGGAGCCUUUUGGGCCCAUGAACGGCAGUCCUGGUUUCAAUUACACGCCAAUGCUCUACUCCAAAGGCAACCCAGGCAUCAUGUCGCCCCUGGCAAAGAAGAAACUCCUGUCACAGGUCAGCGGGGCCAACCUCUCGUGUAGCUAUCCUUACGGCUCACCCCCUCCUUUGAUCAGCAAGAAGAAGUUGGGCAGCAGAGAAGAAGAGUCAUUGAGCAUGCCCCAGAUGGCACACGCCCCCACGGUGGAGGCCGCAGCGGUCAGCCGGCCCUCUGUAAUCCAACACGUACAGAGUUUUAAGCCCAAGAGUUCGGAGGAAAGGAAAUGCGUGAACGAAACUUACAGACACGAAUUGCUGUUAAAGAAAGUGGAUUCGGAGUGUAGCGAUUUUACCAAGCAACACCUGACCACUCUAGCGGAAUCCUAUGCUCUGAAGUCAGAAAUCCAGGAUAUGAAAGACAGAAUGAACGAGAAGAGGGUCCUCCACCAUUCCCACAUGCCCACAUUCUUGACAGACUUUUACUCCUCUCCUCACCUGCACAGCCUUUAUCGGCACACCGAGCACCACCUGAACAGUGAACAGAUGCCCAAGUACCUCCACCGGGAUAUGUAUAGAGAGUCGGAAAACAUUUCCAUGUUCCCUCAGCACAAGCACCCGGAUAAGCGUCACUUAUGCUAUCACCCCCCUUUACAUCAGCAAGAGAAAAAGAUCCCUUUGGAAGCCUCUGCAGACGAUCAGCCAACCGACCUGAGUCUUCCGAAAAGUUCGCACAAGCAGACUGCGAAAGGUCUCGCGUCCGGCCUCUUGCAUGCUUCGGCAGGGCAGCCGGAGAGCAAAAGCCUGCCCCAGUUCCAAGCCUUAAGUGGCCAACCUGCGGGCUUAGACUGUCAUCCCAAAGCUUGCCGCGUCUCUCCAAUGACUGUCUUGGCGCCCAAAAAGCAGCAGGGCGAGCCCUUCCACAGGUCCAGCAAACUGCCGAACUUGAGGAAGAUGGACGGCACGGCCCACCCCAUCCUCAGCCACAAAACAAAUACCCAGCCUGUUGGGGCAGCUCGGCCUUUGAAGCGUGGCCUGGAGGAUUUGGACAAAGCCAUUUCGGAAAAAAAGAUCCGUGCUGUCUCGCCCCUGCGCUUACCAAAGGAAGCGCCCACUAAAGACAAGGGUCUCGAGCCAGAGGUUGACGGCAGCAAACCAGUGCACGGCUUGCCCUCUGGCAGCAUGCUCGAGGGCCACAAGUUCCCCUUAUCGAGCCCCAUCUUCACAGGCUUGUACCCAGGGACUCUCUGCAGCGGCCUGAGCAACCGCAUCCCCGCGGGGUACUCUCAUCCUCUGCAGUACUUGAAAAACCAGACAGUGCUUUCUCCACUAGUGCAGCCUCUGGCCCUCCAUUCAUUCAUGGUGCAGAGACAGUUCCUUACCUCCCCUGGCAAUUCGCAGCAGCUUUACAGGCAUUUAGCUGCGGCAGCUCCUGUCGGAAGUUCGUACGGUGACCUUUUGCACAACAAUCUUUAUCCUUUGGCUGCUAUCAAUCCUCAGGCUGCUUUCCCACCUUCUCAGCUGUCUUCUGUACAUCCAAGCACAAAACUGUAAAUCCUCCCUUUUAAAACAAAAGCAAAAAAAAAAAGCAACAUUCCUUUAGCCUGUGAUAUCUUGCAAAAUUUAAAACCUACCAACCAACCAACCAACCAACCAACCAACCAACCAACCAACCAACCAACCAACCAACCAACCAACCAACCAACCAACAAAAAGAAAUCUGUAUUUGUGUUAACCAGUAGGCAGUUUUGUCUCUUAUUGCCGAAUGCUUCAAAUGUGAUUGAGACAAGACCGGUUCCAUUGGACUUCUUUUUUCACCUCUGGCUCCCACAUCUGCUUCCCCUGAAGUUGUUCACUUUGCCUAGCAGGGUUCCGAAAAGACCUCUGCCUUGCUUGAAAACAAGCAUCAGAGCAGACCAGACCAGACCAGGUGACGAGUUGGGCCUUGUUUUUGCUUUUGGAGCCAACGGUCUAGGGUGGUUGUUUUUCUUUUGUGCCAUCUUCCUUGCUUCCCAGGAGCGCGGUUGGAGCGUCUCAGAUCAGACAGAAAGGCAGGUCUGAUGAAAGAGGAGUUUAGGCAGGGCACAUGGUGAUCAAUGGAGGGUGCCUCUUUAGGUACCAUUUUGUUUCCUGAGUCCAAAUCAAUGCAAUGUACAGUACAAACCGAUCUUAACACUAUUAAACCAGAAACAAAGUAAACACUGUUCAGAAAUGGAAAGCAGACUUAACUAUUGUCAACUUUGCUUGUAUAAUUUACAUAGGUUUUUAUUUUCCUACAUUACCCUAUGCUCUGUUUGUUUGGGUCAUUUUUCAAUUAAAGGUCUUUUUGUCUGCAACUUUUUUUUUUUGCGUAAAAGUACAAAACCUGGCAAUGGCGAUUGAGGGUCCUUUUUUUAAUGCAUCUCCCCCCCUCCUCCUUUUUUUGAAGAGGAUCUUUUGAGGGAGUAGUUAUUGUCAUUGUUUACAAAACAGAAGCAUCCAUUUUGAGAAGCCUUUACAUUGAAGAGAAGUUUACUGUAGAUCAUGCCAAUGGUGCGAUAAUUCCGAUCUUUGUGUCCUUUUCCCAAGCCCUGAUCCCAAAAGUGCCACGCUCUCACCUCACCUCUCCAAAUGGUCCUGAUUUGCACACGAGUUGCUCUUUUAGCAGACACUGAGAUUUGGGCUUGCCGUCAUCAUGAUCUGUGAAUUUGUUAGGAACUGUACUUCUCCUUAUCUAGGCUGCGGAAUACCCUGCAUAAUAGAAAGGAACAUAUUCAGGACUACACUGGCAAUGUGUUACUCAACAGCAACGGAGUCUAGAGGACCUUUCUUGUAGGCUGUGAAACUAUUCCAAGAAUUUCAGCCAUUAGCAGAGAGAAAAUGUAAUUGCGAGACAUCCUUCAUUCUGCCUCGUCGAAGGGAGGUUUGUGAGAACUGACGUCCUUUUGCAAAGAAAUGGUUAUUACUUGGAGCAGGCCAGAAUUUGAAGGGUGGUUAGAGGGACAGAUUUGGCACACUCUGUUUGGAGCUUCCUUCUGGUCCAAUACAGGGUUCCUAGCUGCCCUAAAAAGUGCUGGAUAGUCUGUCAUGUUCCAGGGGAGCACUUUUAAGAUUUGGUUUAGCAUUAAACCAUGAGGGCAGCUUAGUCUAUAAACCACUUUAAUCAAGUACUUGACUCUUUGGUCCCAUUGAAUAAAAGUCAGUGAAAGUGUGUCUCAUUGACAUUCAGAGAGGGACAUUCCUGCUGAAUGCUAAAAGUAGUUUAAAAUCUUGAAGUAGUUUAAAAAAACAAAAUGGGCAGGGUACUCAGAUUUACUUCAGAAAACAGGACCAUGGCAUGAAAGGUCAGCAAUUUUUUUUAAGGGUAUAUAUUUUGAAUUGGGCAAGGGUUCAAAAAACCCCCAUAAUAUUGACUUCACCCACUGACUCACUUCUUCACAAGUCAGGAGUGGUUUUUGACAAAGUCUUCUCUGCUCAUGCUCAGACACAGGCAAGGGGCACAUUUAAGCCUGUGCCCCCCUUUACACACAUGGACAGCAACAGUUGUGGACCUUAGCUGGUUGCCCGCUCUCCAUUAGCUUUAGUCUUGGUUUAUGCAUGAGGAGAGAACACCCCAUGCGUGAAAGGUGACAUCUCUGACAGCCCAUGUUGUUUGUCCUGGGUCAGAGGGUUUUUGAAGAGCUCUUUGCCUACAUCAGAGGUCCCCAACCUUUCUGAGAUUGAAGGCACCUUUGGAAUUCUGAUGUGGCUGGUGGGCGCAACUACAAAAUGGCUGCCACUGCAGUAGGAACCGUUCACACCCAGAGGAAGUCCAAGUGCAGGAGGGAAGAGGGGUCGUUUUAAAAGAGACAGAACAAAACUGAUGCUGGUGGCAGCUACUGUCAAAACAACGUUUUAAGCGGCACAGCCUAUAAGAUCUCCGGUGCUGGGCACGAACCUCACCCACCUCCACUCAUUUUCUGAGGACACUUGGCAGGUACCACAUAAGGCACUGGAGACCUCUGGCCUGUAUCUUCGAGAGAUCAGUGGAGAGUAUAAAAAGGGGCAGACUUUUGGCUUUUACAUAUGGGGAAAGGGAGUAAUGAGUCCUUUCCACGUGCCUGAGCUUAUAGGAGAGAGUGAGAUGUAUAAUGAAGAGAAGGCCCUUGAUGCUGAGUCUUAUGUUAAGGGGAAGCCCCCAGGGAUGUAGAAGGGCACGUUCAGCCUACAAGUUGCCAGUGGGUAGAAUCUGCACUGUAGUAUUAACAACACAGCUACAUCCUUGGAAGGUGCCAGUUCAGGUCUCGCAGACUUGCCCAAGUUCCGCCUCCAAUUCUUGACGUGUCAACAGCACAUGGAUCCAAGCCAGCUUCCUUUGUUAUACACAACUGGCUGUUUGAUUCCACUGAACCAGGGUAGCCCAGAGAUCUCCAGGCUUAAAGUGAACACGGACCACCUAGAAUUACAUGGGCUUCUAACUGAGGCUGCCACAGCGACCUUUCCCCACCUUUUUGUUUGUUUGUCAAAAGUAAAAAGCCAGUAAGCAGUAGGUGUUUCCCCUCCUCAGGAAAGCUGCCUUAUGAUGGCGUGGAUUCAUUUUACCCUGCUUCGGGUCUUGAAGUGUGGACAGCUGCACAGAGAGGUGGAAGCAUUUUUUAUUUUUCAGUGUGAAAACUGGUUGCGCUCUGAACCCUUCCCAGGUAGCACUUCAAAUGCAAAAAAAAAAAAAACCCAUCAAAAACUACUGGAGUCUACUGGAAACUACUUAAAGGAACACCUUGCAUGCAUGCCAGACAGCCUAUAUUAAAAUAUCCUGUGAUAUGAAGCCAAUUGCAAUAUAUAAUGUAAGCUAUUUAAUAUACAACAGUGGGGGGAGGGGGAAACCAGGCUAGUAGACAUCUACUGUUAAAGAUCAAUGUUAUCUUCAAUUAAAUGCUUUUAUGUUCUUGUGAUAAAACUAUAACUGAUGAUGCAUAAGCAAAACUAGUAGAAUUUAGCACCUAAAUGUGCCAACACAGACAUUUCUUUUCCUUCUGUGCUUCAACCAUUAAAGAAAGAAACAACAAUCACAGUUACAUUUGAUCAUAUGCCAUAAAGGGCAUUUUUAGUUAUAAAAACUGCACUAAACCUGACUAAUGUAAUAACUGAAGGGUGGGGUGGGGGCAAGAGAAAAGGACUGUACAAACCUGUAAUGGAUGUUGUCAGGAUUGUGGGCCUGGGCAAGCUGUGGGGCCGGGCGAAAUGCACGUCUCUCCCACUAAAUGGAUAAUCAGCACAGAUUGCCUGGCCGCUCUUACAUCGAGGGAUGUUUUCAGAGGAUUGUCUUUUGGUUUGGAACAGCCCAGUUCCAUCAGACCUACCCACUACAGGUGAAGGCAGCUCCCCUUGGCUCAUGGUGGUACCCCCCCUCCCCCUCGGAACGUUCCUUGAAAAAAGUAGCAUGGUGCAUGUAUCCUUUUUUCUUUUUGCACAUGUGGAACUGUUCCCCUCUGUCGAAACGAUGUGUAGGAGUGCACUGUGCCUAUCAGGGCACUUGCUCUCUUGUAUUCCAAAUCUCACAACCCUGGAAUGACUCGUAUUCUUGAAUGUUUGCCAUGGCAACCCUACCUGUUAAUCUCACGUAUUUAUUUUACAAGUCUCCAGUUUCAGUUUUAUUGCGUUAUUUUGGAAUGUGUUUGGACUGUUCUAAAAUAUCACAGUGCGGGAUUACUUGAUUUCUCUCUCCCCCACCCCCACCCCCAUCCCCAGUUUGUUGAAUAGAAAACUGUCUAAGAGAGUUCACAGUGUAUUGGCCAAAAUGAGGAGCUUCGGUGGCAUAAUAUUUUUUUUUGCAUUAUUUAAGAAUGGUUUUUCAAAAACUAAUCCAUGAGGGGUUUUUGCAUUAUUUAAGAAUGCUUUUUCAAAAACUAAUCCAUGAUUUUUAUUAAGUAUUAAAUUUUCCAUGGCAGAGACCUUUUUAAAACGGGGCUUUGUUUGAGUUCAAAAGGCCUUAUUAAUGAAUGAAAUUUACGCAAGCUUUCCUUCGUGCAAUCAAGCCAUUGUUAGUGGUAGGUUAGUACAGGAAACAGCAGAAUCUAAUUGGCAACAGAGUGAUAAAUCUAUUUACCAAGAGCUGGUUCCAAGAAAUGUCGCAAUUGCAAUGAACUGUUAUUAAAUAUUCUGAAGGCUGGUGCAAUUAAAAACAAAGAAAAACAUUUUGUUUCUCUCGAUGCAAUGUCUUGGUAGAAAUCUUUAGGAGGAAGAAAAACUCCAGAAGAGUGUUGGGUAAGGCCUUUUGCAACUGGAUUUCAAAUUGAAAUGGAUGACUAAGUUUGUUCAUUUAACUCCUGGCCCCAAACAAAGCAGAUGCAUUUCCUUUUCAGUGUAUCAUAUCUAAAUUCUUCAACAGAGCAGCCCACUGUUGCUGUGACUUGUCACCUCUAGGGGGCGUGGUUGUUGCCACUUCUAUAAUUAUUCUCCUCUCUGGGUACAACUAUAUCUUUGUGUACACAAUCCAGGAAAGUUGUAUCUUUGAUCCUGUGCCAGCGUUGCCUGGAAUAGCAUAUGGUUGCUAACUCAUGCAUGCCCGUCACUUGGAGAAACAUCUGCCCAUGUAGCUAGACGAUCAGGCAGUUACAGGCCACGCUAGCAACAGCUCUCUCGUAAGGCAGAAUGUUGCUAGGGCAGCAUGUGAUCUCCCUAUUAGCCCUAACCACCUAGGUUGAUGUGACCUGAAGGAACAUAUGGCAGAAGCUAGAACGGCACCUGCAGCGUGUCGGUGAGGCUCAGCUUUAUGGAUACGCCUACAAACUCCUAAUCCCCUGUCUCGGAAUGCCAGACUUGUAGAAGCUGUGAGUUAAAGCAGAAACAUUGUAUGUGGUGUGUGUGCCUUUUGAAUGGGAAAGAUUGGUUUUUAGUCACUCAUUGUUCACUUGGUCAGACCAUGUGAUGGUGAGCAUGGUCCAAUCAAACUUCAUAGUUCAUGAUGCUUGUACUGACAACCGAUUUCACUGACAUGAGCUCUGUGGUAUUGAAACUCUUGUCGUGAGCACUUAUCCAAUGUUGCUGUAAAUGUAUUUGAUAUUUUUACAUGUAUUUCGCCUCUCCAACCCCUAGUUUAAAUAUGGUCUAACAAAGGCAGCAUAAUCUACUAGCUGUUUAUACUUCAUUUCCAUACUUUCUUUUUCGUUUGUAAAUAGUGUAUACAUUCUUGUGAUUCAAGUUAUUGUAGCUUAUAUGCGCUGUAAGGUGAUUAUUUGUAUAUAGAACAAAAUGGCCCAGUGAUAUUAUAUAGUUUCCCAUUUUUUAAAAAAAGAAUAAUAAUAAUAAAGGGGUUAUUGAGUAACCUUUCACAUUAAAGUUUAAACACUACCGGAAAGAAAGAGAAAAAAGCUGAGCCAACUAUAAACACUCAAUUUUUGUACGUUUUCCAAAUUGUACGUAUUAAUGCUUUUGAUACUGUAUUAUGUGCCAAUAGUUUCCCAAUCACAUAGCAAGCAAAAGAUAUUUUGUACUUUUUGAUCCACUGUAAUAUUUAAUAAAAAAUGUUACUAUCUGUUCCCUU